CACAUAUCUCAUCCAACGACUCGUGCAAAUUUCUGUCCCAGAGCAAUUUUCGAGUUUUAUUUUUUUUAAGCAUACAGAAAAAUAUUUGGAAUCAUAUGGUUAAAUUCACGAAUCUUACAUCCAGGUUUUGUUAGUUAGUUAGUUUGUUUUUGGAGAAUCCUGUGCAGAAGCCUCCUCGGGCAAUCAGUGCGCAUGUUUGCAUCUCCAAUAAGCCGGACAGGAAGCAUGUCAUGUGCAGAUAACAUGGGCGCUGGGAUGAGCUGAGCGACACUCGGUGGCGGAGGACUGUCCAGUUCCACUGCUCCUCCGGGAUGAACGAGGAUCCGCACGGAUGUCUGAGCCGGUUGAGGAGGUUUGAUGUUUGUGACUGAGCAGUUCACGUUUGGGUGUCUGGUUGGGUUCUGCUGAGGCUCAGCAGGGCCUCACAGCUCCUGGAGCGGUUCCAGUGAUGGCUGACCAUCUGCCUCCCUCUCUGCUGGAAGCCUGUGUUGUGGUUGGAGCAUCUAGCGACAAACUCCGAGAGGUCUACCAGCAGGCUGCUAACAGUAAUGGCACCCCAGAGCUCCCUUCACUGGAGCCGGAGGUAUUGCAUGUCCUGGCCCCUCCCUUCAUCAGCAGACAGCAGGCGGAGAGUGAGGCGGUGAGGCCAUUUGUGAGGCGGCGGCGCUCCUUCAUCAGGAAGAAGAGAGAACCACCUCCCUUCACUGCAUCAACCCUCAGCCAAGCUUCCAGCAUUUUCGCAGGUGGAGGAGGAGGGGGAGCAGGAGGAGGUGGUGGAGGCGGAAAUGAAGAUAUCAGUGUCCCUAAAGAUAUUGAUCUGACAGCACUGCCUCAGCUUUGUUUCCCAGGUGGGCUUCAUUUGAGCCGUGAGCAGAAAGAAGAAGAGUUCCACUUCCUGGUUUUCACGGACGUCUUCGGCAACCAAACCCAUGGAGUCGUAAUGCAGUGUUACCGACCUAUAAUGGAAGGGACAAAUUACUACCAGAAUGGUACUGGACCCUCUAGGUUUUCUAAACUCUACUGUGCCUAUGGUUUCUGUGUCGUAUCCAAGCACCCGUACUACACAGCGCUGAAAGACUGUCUGUCAUGUGUUUUAGUCCAGCUGAGGACUUGUCGUUUAUCAGACUUGGAGGAGAGAAUGAAGGAGUUUUCAGCCAAACUGGCGCUGGUGCCCAUCCCGCCUCCUGGACAACUACAUGUGAUGUUUGCCUUGCGUCCUCUGACCAUCGUGUUGCCAUCCAGAGAAGACAAAGACCACCCAGCUGUUGAUUUAGACCUCCAUCUGCCUUUCCUCUGCUUCAGGGCCCAGCAGCUGCUACAGGUGAUAUCCUGUCUUCUCCAGGAACAGAGGGUGGUGUUGUUUUCUGCUAACUGGGCCAGACUCACGCUGGUGGCAGAGAGCUUGUUGCUCUUUCUACGGCCUCUGUCGUGGCAGCAGCCCUAUGUUCCCGUCCUAGCCAGGGGCAUGUUGGACUUCCUCAUGGCUCCUACUGCUUUCCUCAUGGGCUGCCACAUCAGCCAUUUUGAAGAGGUUGCUGCUGAAACAGAUGAUCUGAUCCUAAUUAACAUUGAUGAAGGAUGUGUCUCCACUUCUUGUUCUGAGAGUGUUGACCUCCCAGAGAUUCCCCUGGCUGCUGCAGAUUGCUUCACACAGAGGUGUCUGUCACUGCAGAUGCAUUUUGACCUUCAUCAGUGCCAUCAUGCCAGCUGCUCUGACAUCAAUGAGCAGCGGGCACAGAGACGGGCUUGGCAACGCAACCUCAACCACGACAUCCAGAGAAUUACACUAGAACUCAUUGUCAACAUAUUCAGGGAUGUUAGCAGUCAUCUGAACUACGAGCACAGAGUGUUUAACAGUGAGGAGUUUCUGAAGACUAGAGAGUCAGGUGAACAGCUUUUCUACAAGAAGGUACUGGAGACCCACAUCUUCCACUCCUUCCUGAAGGAUCGCCUCAACAGGAAGAUGGACGCCUUCACACGCAUGGAGCUCAACACUCGUUCUGAGACACAGAAGAUGAAAGCUAUGGUUGAAAUCCCCCGCAGACCCACCAUGCAGGAGAUUCAAGCCAGGAGAAACAGCUCCAUCACGGAGAACAGGCUGAAUAAGAGGCUGGGGAUGAGCCUCCCUAACCUGGGGGACGACCGACCAAUCAGCUUCCCCAGACACACAGUGCUGAGCAGGAUCAUUAUACCUGACCUAUUGAGAGCAGCUCCUAAGCCUGUAAACGUGUUUAAGCUGCCAGACUUCCCAGCCGCUCUGUCCUUCCACUCUGUCCAAAGUUAUUACAGUGAGCUGAUCCUGCAGCUUGGCAAGGCCAUCUUCUGUGUCCCACCUGAGAACUCUGCUCUGCUGGCCAGAUUCUAUUACUUGCGUGGUUUCAUCAACACAUUGUGUUCACGACGCCUCGACGCUCUGAGUGAUUUCCAGAACCUGUAUAAGACGGACACAGCCAUCUUCCCCACCCAGCUGGUCACAUGGCUCGUGGACGCACUGCGCAGAGAGGAGAGGCAGCAAGCUGACAGACGACCUGAACUUAAGAGACUUAUCCUCAAGGUGAAGACUGAGAAUGAGAAGCUGCUGGUGAAGCCCGAUGACCAUGUUAAGAAAUUUGUGCUGCCCAGGACACAUCUGCAUCAGGAGGAGUUUGUGCGCUGUGUCCAAGAGUCUGGCAUCGUUAAGGAUAUAGCCACCAUACACCGCUUAUUUGAUGCUCUCACUGUUGAAUCUAAGAGAGACUCGUCCUCAGACACAGCUUUGAGAAGUCCGUCCUCCAAAUCAGUCUUCUCCUUUGACUCCUCAGCGUCUGUCGAGGGCCAUCAGAAGCUGGUGGACCCCGAACUCUUCAGAGACUUCUACACCUUCUGGAAGGAGACGGAGGCCGAGGCGCAGGACGUCAACCUGCCCUCGGAAGUCAUUGAACACCUUGACAACAGCGAGUGUGUCUACAAGCUGUCGUCCUGCGUCAAGACCUCCCAUGGGGUUGGCAAAAUCGCCAUGACACAGAAACGUCUGUUCUUGCUCACCGAGGGACGGCCGGGAUUCCUAGAAAUAACCAAGUUCAGGGACAUACAGGAGGUAAAAAUCUCCUCAGCUCCUUUCCUGCUCCUUCGUAUCCCCUCCCUUCGUAUUCAGACCUCCAGCAGGCCUGAGAUGUUUGAGGCCAACCUGAAAACAGAGACUGACCUCUGGAACCUCGUGGUUAAAGAGAUGUGGGCUGGACGCAAGAUGGCCGAGCAACACAAGGACCCUCAGUACGUGGCCCAGGCUCUGACCAAUGUCCUGUUAAUGGAUGCCGUGGUGGGCUGCCUGCAAACCCAGAGAUCCAUCUUUGCUGCAUCAAAGCUAGCCUACUUUGACAAAGUCAAACAUGAAGUGCCCAUGAUGGUGCCUAAGACCACCUCAGAGACCCUGAAACACAAGAUCAACCCAUCACUGGACCUGGCUGAACCUCAGACUGUACAUGUGCUGCUAUACACACCAGGCCAGUUGAGUUGCAGUGAUUCAGAAGGCAACGGGAACCCUAAGCUGUGGGUGGCUCUGAGCGGAGGCAGGGUGAUUGUGUUUGAUGCAGCGAGCUGGUCCAUGCUGCAGGACUGUGUCCAGGUUGGAGCGUCGCAGCUGAACUGCAUGCUGGGAUUGUUCCAGGAGCAGGUGUGGAUUGGCUCCGAGGACUCGGUGAUCUACAUCAUCGACACUCGCAGCAUGUCCUGCAACAAGCAACUGACCGAACACAGACACGAAGUGACGGGCUUCGCUUUGGACAGCAGAGAUCACCAAAACUGUCUGCAGCCGUACUCCUGUAGCUGUGACGGGACCAUUCUGCACUGGGACUCGUCAAGUCUCAAAGUGAAGCGGCAGUUCCAGAUUAACUGUAAUCGCCUGUCCUCCAUACAGAUCCAUGACGGCACCCUGUGGUGCUGUUGUGGUGACAGCAUUGUGGAACUGAGGAAGAACGGGGCGCCGCAGAGGAGGAUAGCGCUUCCUGACGACCUACGGAGCAUGCCCAGUUGCUUCAGCAGCUUCGUCCUCAUCCUCGAGCAAGGGCAGUUGUGGACAGGCUGUGCUGACUCAGGGGAGCUGUGUCUCUGGCACAUUAAGGACCACAGCCGUCCCUUUAAGAGAAUCUCCCUGCCAGGCACUACAGGGGUCACCUGUAUGAUUAGAGUAAAGAAUCAGAUCUGGGUGGGCUGUCGUGGCUCUAGCGGAGUCGGGGGUCAAUAUGACGGUCAGCUGAGAAGUCAGGUGUUGGUGUUGGACCCAGAGAGCCAUGCUGUGGUCAAAGAGCUGCAGGCCCAUUCAGACAGCGUUCAGACUCUCUGCUCUGCCGAGGACCGCUAUGUGAUGAGCGGAUCUGCAUGCCGAGAUGGCAAGAUCGCCAUCUGGAAAGUCGAGUAGAGAAGAAAGAGAAGAGUAGCUGUCAAGAUGAGAAUAAAAUGGAGACGAGAGAAGAUUCCCUAAGAAAAGAAAAAAACAAACUUUUUCCUCUUCAGAUACUUAAUUUUGACAUCAAGAUCACCAUGUGGAGUAGAGCAAGAGGAGCAGGAGUAAACGUGAAUUGAGAAAAAUAACAAUGAAGAGAUGCUGAGUUCUCCGUCACAGGCCACACCUGAGACCAUGACGCUGUGGUUCGUUCUCUGCUUGUAACUGUUUUGUUCAGAUCAACUGAGGAUGCAAAAUGAAGAAAGCAACCUAUGAUGUCUUGAGCCAUUUUGACUUUUAGGACCAUACAGAAAAGACAGCUCUGCAAACAGAAAUGUUCUCAAAAUAAAGAUUUUGUUGAAGAACAUGCAGUUCUUUUUUCAACACUGCCCUGGAGCAUAAGCAAGGACCUGAGUGCAAGAAAAUGAGGAAACACAAAAAAAAAAAAAAAACAAUACAUACAGUAUGUUCCUUCUAUAAAAUUUGGAUUUAAUGUAAAUGGUGUGCCACAA